AUGGAGGAGGGGAGGGUGGUUUCGCACAAGACAUACGCUGGUGAAUCUAGAUCAGUUCGACCAGUGACUAUUAAACAAUUAAACGAUGCUACCCAAGCAUUCCCCGAAGCCAACUUCAAAAUAGACAACGCCGACAUCAAUCAAGUAUCUUUUGUGGGACAGGUUCGAAAUGUCAAUAAGCUGGCCACGCACAUCACGUACAAGCUGGACGACGGCACCGGCGAGACAGACGUGAAAUAUUUCAUUCCCCCCGAGGAGAAGGAAGCAUUCGACGAGCUUGAGGCUAUGGAUGUCAUGGCUAUGGACGGUGCCGGUAGCGGUGCUGGCCCAGCUGCGGUGACGAACAAGUCCGGACGACCGAGAGCCUACCAGAUAACCACAAACGGAUACGCAAAGGUGUUCGCUAAUAUUAAAACAUUCAAUGACCGGCGACAGGUUAACGCGGUGUUGAUCCGCCCCAUAACGAAUAUUAACGAGUACCAUGUUCAUUUCCUAGAGGCCACAGCAGUGCAUCUUUAUUUCACCAAAGGCCCACCACCAAAGGCAGGUGGUGCUUCUGGAGCCGGAGGCGGAGCUGGAGGUGGUGCGAUGGAUACGGGUGCCAGCAACCUCUCUCUGCCGCGCAUGUCGCCGAUGGCACGGAAGCUAUACGACGCCCUCAGCAACAGCAGGCAGACUAAUGAGGGUAUGCAUGUAAACGUCCUGGCUCCGAUAAUGCAGGUGAAUGUAAACGAAGUUUAUAAAGCUGCUGAAGAACUCCUGGGUCUCAGUGUGAUAUACCACACGGUAGAUGAGGACACCUGGAAGAUUCUUGAUUGCUGA